UGUCUAAAAUGUCAAAUGUGGCAAGUGAGGUCAAUGUUUAACAACUGAUUUGUAAUGUCCCUGGAAUACAUUUAAACAUUGACACAGGCCUCUGGGACCUGAUGAGAUGUUGGACUCCGAUGACUGCACCUUGUCCCUGGACAAUCUGUUUUUUGAGAAACCCAUUGUCCACAAAGUAAAGCCACUGCACCAGGAGGUCAGCCCAUGGCACCUGGACAUGCCUCCGUCUCUUUCUCAGGUCCCAGCCACUCAGGAUAUGCAGAAGGAGGCAGAGUCUCUCUCUUCUCUAUACAGUUUCCCACAAAUACCCAAGCCUUCUUUUAAAGGAUCAGCUGGCUUCAAGGCUUUACCAGCAAAAAUCAACAGUCCAUACAAUUAUAACAUUGAUGAGAAAGAGAAGGAUCAAACUCAGGAUGGCAGAAAUAUCAGCACCAGAAGUGAUGGCCUUUGGGGAGGUGAAGGCUUCUGGGAUUAUUCUCAGGAUGUCUGCCAUAGCGCCAGAAGUGGGGAUGAAACCCCGCAGGAGCCUGGUCAUGCAGCCAUAAGCAGGAGGUGUUUGUCUCUUGACGGCAGCAAAAGUCCACCUCUACGGAGAAGCUUGUUCAAGGUCCAGGUGUGGAACAGCGGAGGUGACUCGUCAAACAAACAUGACCUCGGAAACAGCGGCAGCCAGACAUCAUCCAGACCUCAAACUUUUCUCAGGCCGGUUACCAUGACGACAGCGCCUCUUCCUCCUCUUCAUCUGCCAGGGGCGACAGUUAGGCAGGCGGCUCCUCCUUUCUCCCCAAACACCCACUUCCCUCCCCCUCCUCUGGUUUUCUCUGCAGUGAGCGGCCGCCCCCCGCAGCAGGCGGCACACGCUGAGGCGCAGGACAAGGGCACAAAGAGAGCCUUCGUUCCUCCCAUGAUGCCUCAGCCGCUUCACAUACAAGGGUCCUCUGGGUCUGGAGUUUUGAGACCAGUUUCUGAAAUCCCAGCAAAGUUCAGAUCCGUCUUCAAAGAGUUCCCCUUUUUCAACUACGUUCAGUCCAAAGCAUUAGAUGAUGUUCUUUACACGGGUAACAACUUUGUGGCAUGUGCCCCUACUGGAUCUGGCAAAACGGUUCUGUUUGAGCUGGCCAUCAUCCGUCUGUUAAUGGAGACCUCAGAGCCCUGGAAUAACGUCAAAGCUGUCUAUAUGGCCCCCAUCAAAGCGCUGUGCAGUCAGUGCUUUGAGAGCUGGAAGAAGAAGUUUGGGCCUCUGGGGCUGAAUUGUAAGGAGCUGACGGGCGACACGGAGAUCGAUGACUUCUUCGAGAUCCAAGACUCCCACAUCAUCCUGACCACGCCUGAAAAGUGGGACAGCAUGACCAGAAAAUGGAAGGACAACUGCUUGCUGCAGCUGGUCAGGCUCUUCCUUAUCGAUGAGGUGCAUGUGGUGAAGGAUGAGACCCGCGGUGCCACGCUGGAGGUAGUGGUGAGCAGGAUGAAGGCGGUGCAUGCCUACAGAACAGCACAGAAUACAGAGACAGGCCUCUCCAUGAGGUUUGUGGCGGUAUCAGCCACCAUCCCCAACGUCUCGGAUAUCGCAGACUGGUUGUCGGAUGAGAGCGGUCCGGCCACAUAUCUGGAAAUGGAUGAGAGCCACCGUCCAGUGAAGCUGAGGAAGGUGGUGCUGGGAUUCCCCUCCAGUCCCAACCAAUCAGAGUUCAAGUUCGACCUGUCGCUCAACUACAAGAUGGCCAACAUCAUACAGACGUACUCUGACCAGAAACCCACACUCGUGUUUUGCUCUACAAGGAAAGGAGUCCAGCAGGCAGCUGCAGUUCUGGCCAAGGAUGCUCGGUUCAUUAUGAGCAUUGAGCACAAGCAGAGGCUGAUGAAGUAUGCAAACUCUAUUCUGGAUUCAAAACUAAGAGAUCUGGUGAUGUUUGGAGUGGGAUACCACCAUGCAGGAGUUGACCUGUGUGAUAGGAAGUUGAUAGAAGAGGCCUUCACUGUGUCAGACCUGCCCGUCCUCUGUAACAGUACACCCUCCUCCCCCAGCUUACACACCCACCUGGUGGAGCAUCUGAAUGCUGAAAUUGUUCUCCAAACCAUCAGCGAUGUCAACAUGGCUCUGGACUGGAUCCGCUCCACCCUCCUCUACAUCAGAGCCCUCAAGAAUCCCACACACUACGGUUUUUCCGCCGACUUGGACAGAUAUGGGAUUGAGGCAAAAUUGCAAGAGCUUUGUCUGAAGAACCUCAACUCUCUGUCCUCCAUCGACCUGAUCCACAUGGAUGAGGAUAUCAACAUCAAACCAACAGAGAGCGGCAGGUUGAUGGCUCGGUUCUGUGUCGCCUUUGAAACCAUGAAACAGUUCAGCCAAGUGUCUGGCACAGAGAGCCUGUCCGACCUGAUUGAGAUGGUGUCCAAGAGCAGAGAGUUCAGCGACAUUCAGCUGAGAAUGAAUGAGAAGAGGCUCCUGAACACUCUGAACAGAGACAAGAACAGGAUCACCAUCAGGUUUCCAAUCGAAGGAAAGAUCAGAUCCAGUGAGAUGAAAGUGAACUGCUUGAUUCAGGCUCAGUUGGGCUCCAUUUCGAUCCAAGAGUUUGGACUUACACAGGACACAGUGAGGAUCUUCAAGAAUGGGAUGCGCAUCAGCAAAUGCCUGACAGAGUUUCUGAGUCACCGAUCCAAGACAGGUUUCUCUGCUGUGCUCCACUCCCUGAUGCUGGCUAAGUGCUUCAGAGCUAAACUGUGGGAAAACUCGCCCUACGUCUCCAAACAGCUGGAGAAGAUAGGCCAGACACUGUCAACUGCCAUGGUGAAUGCUGGACUCACCACUUUCAGCAAAAUAGAGCAAAGCAACCCCAGAGAGCUGGAGCUGAUCGUCAAUAGACAUCCACCAUUUGGCAACCAAAUCAAAGAGUCUGUUAUGAAUCUCCCAACGUACGAAGUGACUUUGGACCAGCUUCCAAGGUAUAGCUGUGUUACGGCGGAGAUCGUGGUGAAGGUGAUCCUAAAAAACCAAGCACAGCUGCUGUCUAGGAACAAGGCUCCAGACCAGAACUAUGUCUCACUGAUUAUUGGAAACUCUGACAACACGGUGGUCUUCCAACAGAAACUCACGGACUUGGCACUGCUGAAGUCUGGUAGCUGGACGAAGAAGAUUGAAGUGGGGAAGGCCUCAACAGGAGACGGGAUCAGCGUCAAUCUCAUCAGCUCACAAUACGUGGGCCUGGACAUCCAACAGAAGUUUAACGUCUACUUUUCUGGAGCCAGGAAGUUUGAAACUGAUAAUCCACACCACUCUCUGCAUGACCCGAGUGGACAGAGAGCGCACGCUGCACCAAAUCCUCUGUCUGCAAAACCGGCUGCAACUCAAUCUGUUUCUGCUACGGACCAAGAUUCAGGCAAUAAAAGACAGUGCAACCACUUCUGCAGGAAUAAGGAUCUUUGUGGCCACGAAUGCUGUAAAGUAGGUGUCACUGUGGCCCGGAAGAGGUUAUCCGAUCCAGAAUCCAGUUUCUCCUCCUAUCUGCAAGACCUGAGGUGCAGGAGUGACACACUCGGGCAGACUCCUGUCAAACGGCUCAAGAUGAAAAUGGGCGAGCAGGCUGUGUGUGCCAACAUGCAGGAGUUUGCUUACCAACCCAGAGAGAGGCUACCUACUGCUUCCUGGUACGAAGGAAGUCAGUAUGCAGCUUCAGUUAGACCUCACACUGAGACGGUGGAUCUGACGGGGGAAGACUUCACUCAGCUACCAGACAGAGUUCCACUGGACCACAUUGAUGAUUACGAUGACUAUGUGGAGGAGGCUGUCCCGACACCUGCUGUGUCCCACACUUACCAUCAUGGUAUUGUUAAACAGCUUAACUCAUCACGAGACAGAAACUGGUGGUUUAACAUGAUUUAA